GUGCACGGAAGGCCUCAGUGUCAGAGCAGUCCUAGGGCUUGCUCAGAGCAGGAGCACCCUGCGCCUUGAGGCAUUUGUCAGUGGGCAGCUGCACACUGACAGGAGCCUUGUUUGUUCUAGUGUUGGAGCACAGCGUGCAAACUUGCACAGCAGUGCUACAAUGAUUCAGCAGCUUGCUGCUGCAGUGGUUACUGUUUGUGGUGUUACUUAUUCCGGCUAUUUUCUGACUCACCUGGCACGUCACAUAAAACAUGUAUUCAGCGGACCUGAUCCUGAGGAGACAAAUGCAACAGCCAUCUCUCCCCUGGCUCCCUCUGCUCCUGGAGAAGAAGCCAAAGAGGAGCAAAGGGAGCAAGAUGACCACGAGACUCCAGCCGUGGUCACAGCCCAGCCUGAUCAUCCCAAGAGAAACAUCAAGUCAGAGCCCCAGGCAGAGCUGCCCGAAGCUCAGAGUGCCAUCAUGGCAGUGAAGAGGAGGAACAAAGAUGAGAUGAGAGGAAUUCAAGAGGAGAUGAAUCGCCAUCAGCACAGGAGCGAUCAACAAAAACAGGUAAGUGGAAGAGUGGCAGCCACUCCACUCAUGAAACUUCCCAUGCAUUGUUGUUUACAGACCAUCAAGGAAGAUGUGGAGGCAGAGCUGCAGGAAUCUGAGGACAGGAACAAGGCAAGGGAGAAGAGGCUGGAGGAAGAAAUGAAAAUCAUCAGAGAGAAACUUAACCGCCUCCCUAAGGCUCUACAAAAUGAAGUGCAAGUGUCGACAUCUCACCUGGCAGCCUGCAAAGACUUCCAGCAAACAACGGGCAAUGAAGGGCCCCAAGGUUGGCGUGAGGCACAGGAACUGUCCCCACCAGAAGUGCGACAGGUUCAGCACAUCAUGGGCUCUGGCAUUAAACCUGCUGCUGCAGCAGCAUUACCUGGAGGAAGAUAUACUGUUGAAUCUUGGAAGUCAAGCUCGGACAGUUCGUUCAUCACCAGUUCUGACAGUAGCCUGGCUGCUCCAAAAUGGGAGAUUGAGGAGAAAUAUCUGCAGAUACUGGGGAGAAUGGUGACCAUGGAAAAUCCCACAAUGAAAUACACGGAACUGGAACACAUUGGCAGCGGGUCUUUUGGAAAUGUGGUUAGAGCACUCGACAAUGCCACAUGCGGUGAGGUGGCUAUAAAGAAAAUAAAGCUUCGAGGACGGAAAAGGAAGCAGCUAACCCUUAAUGAAAUCAUGAUCAUGAAGAGGCAUAGGAGUCCCAGUGUUGUGAAUUAUUUAGACAGCUACCUUCUGGGUGAGGAACUCUGGCUGGUUAUGGAGUACAUGGACGGAGGCACCCUGAGCGAUGUCAUCAGCAAGAGCUACCUGUCUGAAGAGGAGAUGGCAGCCAUCAGUCGGGAGUGCCUGCAAGGACUGGAUUUUCUUCACUCCAACCACGUGAUCCACCGAGAUGUGAAGAGCAGCAACAUCCUCCUCAGAACCGACGGAUCUGUCAAGCUGGCCGAUUUUGGCCUCUCUACUCAACUCACUCCUGAGAAGAAUAUACGGAGCUCGUUAGCAGGGACUGCUUGGUGGAUGGCACCUGAAGUGGUGACGUGUCAACCAUAUGGCCCCAAAGUGGACAUAUGGUCUUUUGGAAUUGUGGGAAUUGAAAUGGUGGAACAAGAACCUCCUUACUGGAACCAGAGUCCUGCCUCGGCUAAAUUCAUGAUAGCCUCAAUAGGGACCCCACAGCUGCUGCAUCCCAAGCUCCUCUCAGCUUGGCUGCGUGACUUCCUGAGCUGCUGCCUGCAGACAGACGAGGAGCGGCGCUGGUCUGCCAAGGAGCUCCUGCAGCAUCCAUUUAUAACAUCUGCUGAGCCUGCAUCCAGCCUGGUGCCACUGCUUGUUGCAGUGAGGAAGAGGAAGGAGACAAGACAGCACCACUUAGUUAUCAACCACCUUAGAGCAGGAUUGUAGGUUAGGAUAAAGGUAAAGUUUAGGCUUAGGCUUAGGCUUAGGCUUAGGCUUAGGCUUAGGCUUAGGCUUAGGCUUAGACUUAGGUUUAGGCUUAGAUUUAGGCUUAGGUUUAGGCUUAGGCUUAGGUUUAGGCUUAGAUUUAGGCUUAGAUUUAGGUGUAAGUUUAGGCUUAGGUUUAGGUUUAGGCUUAGGCUUAGGGUUAGGCUUAGGCUUAGGGUUAGGCUUAGGACUAGGUUUAGUCCUGCGGUUACGGUUAGAGUUACUGUUAUGACUAGGCUUAGGUUUAGGUUUAGUGUUAGGGUUACAACUAGUCUUAAGGGGUUAGGGUUAGGGUAUGAUUUUGUAAUAGGUGUGCGGAGUAGGAUUUGAAGUUAAUAAAAUAUUUCAAACCAAAA